CAGCAGCACCGCCACACGCACGCACACAGGCUAAAUCGUCGUGGUCGUGAGUCGUCGUCUCUUCGUCGCGGCCGUGUACGUACGCUACUCUCCUCGCUCGCACGAGAAGCAUAAUCAUAAAUUCAGUCUCAUUUUCGCAAUUUCCACGCACACACAGAGUUGCGUUCAACACACGUACCAGUGCUUGGGCAUUAUUAAAGUGCGGAAUCGUCGUCGUCGUCGUAGAAGCAGUGGUAGUGGUAUAGUGAGUGAUCGUCGUCGUCGUGAGUCGGUCGGUCGGUCGCGGAGUCGUCUCUCGGCCGCUGCUGCUUUAUUCUUCGUUAAAUAAUAAUAACGUAUACCUACUCCGAAAAAAAGUGUAGCGUCGUCGUGUUUCAGUGAAUUGGUUUCGCCGAAUAUUUCUCUCACACAAGAGACACAUACUUAUACAGGCUUGUAUAUUCACACAGCCGCACCAACACACACAUAGACAUAUACAUAGAAAGGAGGCUGCUGUGCUCGUUGUGCGUGUAUAUAUAGAUAUAUAUUCCAAUAUAUAUACAGACACAAGAGGUUUCCUCAGUGAGAGAGAGAGAGAGAGAUAAUUCACGGGAUACAUAGAGGCUACAUUGAGAGAGAAAGAGAGACAGCGACCGAUGUAGAGUGACUCGAGACUCUCGUCGUUAUCUGUGUUGCAAAAAGAGUGUCCGUGUAUUGCUUUAUAUUGUCAAUCCGGAGAUGGCCGGUUACUACUGAAAGUGUGUCCGAGUGUGUUCGACGAUCGCCCAGACGAGUGAAAUUGUUUUGUUGCUCCGCUGCCGAGAACCUUGGAAUUCGUCCGGAUCUCAGAAAAGUGUGCUUGAUUUUGUUGCUCCGCUUUUGAGUAUACACAAGGCUCGACUCUGAAUCUGGAUUUAAAGCUCGCGCAGAUUCAUAAAAAAUAAGCAAAACAACGGUCGAAAGAUGACGAACAACGACGGCGUCGGCAACGUCAAUGCGCCGUUGAACAAUCUGCCCUCGGUGAAGAGCAGCAUUGCAGGCAGCAACAGCAACAACAGCAUCGGCAGCAGCGGCGCCAACAACGAUCCGCUCAACAAGUCGUCGAGCAACGUCGAGACCGAGUUCCUCGAGAUAAAUCAGAAGAACGGAUGGCCAGCAUUGCUCAGGUAUAUCAGCAAUGAGUGCAGCAACUAUGAAUACACUGCAGACGAAAGUAAAAAGUUUGCUAAUAGAACUCUGAAUCGUUAUCGCGAUGUCGCGCCAUAUGAUCAUUCAAGAAUAAUCCUUCAAAAAGGAUCAGUUGACUAUAUCAAUGGAAAUUUGCUUAAGAUCGAACGUGCCAAUAGACAAUACAUUUUAACUCAAGGACCGUUACCAAACACAGCUGGACAUUUCUGGCAAAUGGUAUGGGAACAAAAUAGCAAAGUAAUAAUAAUGCUUAACAAAGUUAUUGAAAAUAGUCUGACAAAAUGCCAUCAAUAUUGGCCAUUGGACAAAAGUGAAGGAAAUACUGGUACUAUGGUAUUCAAAGAUGAAGGAUUUAAAGUAGAAUUAAUAAAGAGAAUUGGAAGAUCACAUUUUGUUAAAAGUACAUUAAGAUUGACUAAUACAGAGACAAGCGAAAGUAGAGAUAUAUAUCAUUUCCACUACACAACGUGGCCUGAUUUUGGUGUGCCUGGUAGUCCAACUGCAUUCCUCCAAUUUCUGGCUGAAAUCAGAGAAACUGGUACUUUAGAACCAACAGAAGGGCCCGCAAUUGUACAUUGCUCAGCAGGUAUUGGGCGGUCAGGUACAUUCUGUCUUGUGGAUACUUGUCUUGUAUUAAUUGAAAAAAAUGGACUGAAUUCUGUAAAUGUUAGAGAAGUUUUAUUAGAAAUGAGAAGAUCUCGAAUGGGAUUAAUUCAAACACCAGAUCAAUUACGCUUUUCUUACAUAGCCAUUAUUGAAGGUUCUAAAAAUUUCCCUGUUAUUAGCAAGAAUUCUAACGAAGAAGAAGACGAAACUAAUAAUUGUGAUAGCAUGAAUAAUAUAAAUAAUACAUCAAUAGAAGAGGAAGAUGAACCCCCUCUACCACCACCUAGGGGUGAAUCACUAACUCGUAGCAAAACGACCGAUAAUUCGCCUAGUCCUUCAUCCGACAAUGACAACACAUCAAGCUCUUCACCACUAUCCCGACUAUUGCCUAACGCACCAGAAAACGUAGUGAACUCUAACUCAACAAGUAAUCAUGUCAGUGAUCAUAAUUCAUCCGACUCAACCGCCGAAAGCUUGAGCAAUGAUGAUUCGUCUAAUCCAGCAAAUAGUUCACCAACUGGCUCUGAUAUAAAUAACGAUCUGCGGCGACGACGCAUGGAGAAGAAAGAACGUCUCGAUGCACAAGUGCGGGGUAUGAAGCGACGUCAGAAGGAGUCCGAAGAUUGGCAGCAACUCAAGAGGUCAUUAUUUUCGCCCAUAUCUUUAGGUGUAGGUGCUGCGAUUGUAGGCGGCGGUGUUCUGGCGUUCUAUACACUCUAUUACGGUCGCGGAUAAACAAGUUUUUUUAUUUUCAUCAACUUUUAUAACAUUGGUCUUAUAAGCGAGGAAAUACGUUCGAUACUUCUUUUAAUUAGUUUAGUAGCGCGUUGUAUUCGUACCGCUAUUACCAAGUACAAAAGUCUAAAAUAUUUCAUGAAAAGUCAUAUGAAUAUUUUUUGGAUACUUCUGUACGAUAAAAUGAAAUAAUAGAGAUCAGAAAAUCUGUAUAAUUUUAUUUGGUCAGAUGUCAAACUGACACGUUUUUAUGAAGCUUAAAAAAAGCUUAUAAGCUAAAUUUUUUUCGUUCAUAAUGAAUUUGACACAUCGUAAAUUUUUCUGACAAUUGACCAAAGCUGAAAUAAGUAACAUCAAUUUUCUAUUCCGUGUAUUUCUCAACGAGUUGGGAAAUGUACGAUAUUCACAUGAAUUUGAUAUGAAAUCUAUUUUGGAGAAAUUAUACCUUGGAUGUAUAUUGAAACCGAUUAUAAA